AUGGCCUCAACCAGAAAUGUCAACGGAAUCCUUGCUAUACCUGCUGCCGUGACAGGCAAGAAAGCGAGCACGAACUCUUCAGCAGCGCCCAAACUAUCCCCAAGAACUGGAUCUCAAAAGCUGAGGCUCAUCGUACGACGCUUACCUCCAGGGCUCACUCAAGCAGAGUUCGAAGUGAUACUAGGUGAGGAAUGGCGAGUGGGAGCAGGAAGGGUUGACUGGUUUGCAUACAAGGAUGGCAAGAUAUCGAAAGACUCAGCAAAACCGUCAAGGCCUGCGCGCGCGUACCUUCGAAUGAAAGACCAGGCUAUGCUAGACACGCUGUCUGCAGUUGUCAAGCAGUGUGUUUUUCAGGAUGCAAAGAACACCAGCAAAGACCCUUGUCUGUUAGGUCCACCUUCACUAGAAUUCGCACCUUACGGAAGGGUUCCAGGCAGUCGAGUUCGCAAGGAUGGCCGACAAGGAACCAUCGAUCAAGAUCCCGAGUUCAUAGACUUUCUGCAAAGCUUGACAGAGCCAGUGACAAGGUCUAAUGCCAGUGGAGAAGUUGCUGAGGGAAUAGAUACAAGGCCUGCAAAGGUCACUACAACCCCUUUGGUGGAAUAUUUAAAAGAGAAAAAAGCGAAUAAGGGCAAAGAGAGCGCUACCUCAAAAACCGCCAAACCUCAAGGCAAAUCGGAAGCCAAGGACACAAAGGUCGAGAAGAUCGACUCAAAGAAAGUGUCACUCGCUAAGAAGGAAGCGCAGCGAUCCCCCGAGACGACAAAAACAUUAGAGAAGGCUACACACGAAGCCGUCAAAGCUAUCAACAAACCUAUGGCUGCGGUGAAAGGCAAAAGUGACGCCUUAGAGCCCACCUCUCCCCCUUCCAAAGCCCCAGUUACCGCCCCUACAACUGCCAAACGUGAACGCGAGCGAGGGUCUGUCAGCGUGGCUGCCAAAAUACUCCAACGAGAUCUUGGUCUCACUCCUGUUAGGGGUGAUAGAAGAAAUAUACGCAGUGCAGGUCUUGCGUCAAAAUCAGCUGAAGAAGCUGAACCUGAACGUAAGCCGGUGUCAAAACCACCUACGACCCUAUCGUCAGACACAGCUCCGGAAGCUACAACUACUACACCUACACAACCGAGUACACUCCCAGCUAAUGCAGUAUUGGCUGCUCCAACUGGCCCUCGAAGCACCAAAUCCCCCAUGCCAACAUCACAGCCAGUCAACAGACCUGCAUCUGCACCAUCUGGACGACCCUCUCGACCUGCACCAGGCCCAACCCCAGGCGCUCGAUCUGCCUUUCUCAAGCACGCCAAUUUCUCUCAGGGUGUCACCGAAGAACUUUUGUAUACCGCUUUCUGUACAUUCGGCACAGUGACUCGUUGCGAGAUCGACCGAAAGAAGGGUUUUGGUUAUGUCGAUUUUGAAGAUACAGAAAGCCUUAAGAAAGCUAUGCUUGCUAGCCCAGUUAAAGUUGGUGACAAAGGAGGGCAAGUGGUGGUUCUCGAGAACAAGAGUUUUAAGAUGAAGCCCCAGACUCCUGUUCAGGUACCCACUCACACUGCAGGGAAAGUUGCCUCACAGCCACAAACUCCUCCUCCCAUGUCGACCAAGGCAGAAAUUGUGGCAAACAAGUCUACAACCCCCGCAGUGACAACGGCACCCACUGCCCCACGUGGGGCCCAUAUUCCUUUCCGAGGUGGAAGCCAGCACCACGGUACUCGAGGUGCUUACAAUGGUCCAUCGCGUGGUGGAUUAAAUCGUGCAGGCAGAGGUGGAAGGGCCAACUCCCGAGGAAGAGGUGCGAUGGACAGUAAUCGAGGUGGUGGUCAUGCUAAAGAGAGAAAUAUGUACAACCACACAGUGACAGAACCCGCUGGGGCCGCUGGUUUAGGACCCCCAUCUGCCUCGAAAAUGGAGGCAAACGGACCUGCAGGAUGA